GGAGUAAAGAUGGCAGCUGACACUGGGAGGUACAGGAGUGCUGUGAGCAAAAACAAAGACCCCUCCGGUCUCCUCAUCUCUGUCAUAAGGACCCUGUCCAAUAGCGACGAUGUGCAGGACAGGGAGACGGAGAAGGGGCGUCUGGAAGAGGCCUUUGAGACGUGCGACAAGGAUCUGGACGAGCUGAUCGUUCAGCAUUACGCCGAGCUCACAACGGCCAUCAGGACCUACCAGAGCAUCACAGAGCGCAUCACGGGCUCCCGCAACAAGAUCAAACAGGUGAAGGAGAACCUCCUCUCCUGCAAGAUGCUUCUUCACUGCAAAAGGGACGAGCUGAGGAAGCUGUGGAUCGAAGGCAUCGAGCACAAGCAUGUCCUCCAGCUGCUGGAUGAAAUUGAAAGCAUCAAGCAGGUGCCUCAGCGGCUGGAGACCUACAUGGCGAGCAAACACUACCUUCAUGCCACAGAUAUGCUGGUGACAGCCGUGGAGUCCUUGGAGGGCCCCUUGCUGCAGGUAGAGGGGCUCGGUGAUCUGCGGUUGGAGCUCCACAGCAAGAAGCUCAACAUCCACAUUGUGCUCAUCGAUGAGCUGCACCGACACCUCUACAUCAAGUCCACGAGUCGCCUGGGACUCAGGAACAAGGACAAGAAUGCUGCUCGCCUCCCAGGGUCUGCUGCCAAAGACACAUCUCCCAUGCCCGUGUUGGAUGUCAGCAGUAUGUCCACCCCCCGCAAGCUUUUGGAUUCCUCGCAGUUCAGCACCCCCGGAUCCAGCAGUGUGCGUGAGGACGGGCGAGAGCCGAACCAAGCCGACCUCUCUGAAGUGGAUCCAGAGGAGAACAGUCCUGAGUUCAUGGGCAUCCUCAUCAAGGCUCUGGCCAAGUUGAAGAAAGUCCCAGAGACCAUCAAAGCCAUAAUGGAGCGUCUGGAACCUGAACUGAAACAGAUCGUCAAGAGGUCCACCACUCAGAUAGCUGACCAUGCUUAUCAGAGAGGCGAAACCCUGGCCCAGGAGUGCCAGCCGAGGCUGCUGCUGGCGCUGCUGGAGCUCUUGUUCGAUAAGUUCAAGGCAGUGGCCCAGGCGCACAGCGUGGUGCUGGCCCAGCUGCAGCACAUCGCGGUGCAGUGCCCGGGAGGGGCCCAGAAAGAGGGGAUCAAGCUGUACGAGCAGGCGGACGUCUCUGCCAAGAUCCAGACGGUGCUGCAGGGUCUGCUGAUGGAAUACCUUGAUGUGAAGAACAGCCGGAGUGCCACAGAGCCAUCGGCUCACAACUCCUACGCCAGCACGGGCAGUGAGUUCGCUGCCUUUUUUUCCAAGAAGAAGCCGCAGCGUGCCAAGCAGUCUCUUUUCAAGUUUGAAUCGUCUUCCCAUGCCAUCAGCAUGAGUGCCUACUUGAGAGAGCAGAGGCGAGAACUCUACAGCAAGAGUGGAGAAUUACAAGGUGGAGCCGAUGACAACUUGAUCGAGGGGGGAGAGAUGAAGUUCGUGUGCAAGCCAGGAGCGAGGAACAUCACUGUGAUCUUCCAGCCUCUUCUCAGAUUCAUUCAGGAGAUAGAGAUGAACAUGGGGCCAGGCCAGGCCAAGCAGUGCCAGCUCCGAGCUUUCCUCACCUACUACAUCAACGACCUCUUUCUCAACCAGGUGCGGACAGAGAUCAACAAGGACAUCGAGACAGUGAGCAAGACGGCCGACCCCUUGAAGAUCCUUGCCAGCGCCGAUACCAUGAAGGUUCUGGGCGUCCAGAGACCCCUGCUGCAGAGCACAGUGGUGGUGGAGAAGUCCAUCCAGGAUCUAAUGAGCCUAAUGCAGGACCUGAGUGCCUAUUCCAACCAGUUCCUGGAAAUGGUCUGCGACAAGCUGAAGGAGUACAAGGAGAUCUGCAACACGGCCUACAGGGCCGUCGUCCAGUGUGAGGAGAAGCUGACCAUCAGCGCCUCCUGGUCUAAAGACGAGGACAUCAGUCGUCUGCUCCAGUCCCUCCCCAACUGGGCCAAUAUGACCCAGCCCAGACAGACCCGCCAGAAGAGAGAGGAUGAAGAGGACUUUACCCGAGUUGCUUUCGCGAAGGAGUCGGAGGUGCUGACCGGUAACCUCGGAGACAAGCUAAUCCCCCAGAAUGAGAUCCUUCGUGACGUCAGUGACCUCAAGGCUCUGGCCAACCUUCACGAGAGCAUGGAGUGGCUGGCCGGUCGCCUCAAGACCUUCUUCGCCAACCUGCCUCAUGCUUCCAGUGUGUCUCCCUGCUCUGGAGACAGUCAGGUGGUUGGUGAGAGUGAACGCAGCCGGGAGCAGAUCCUCCAGACCCUGACUGACUUGUCCAGAGCCUUUCAGGAGAUUUCUAACCGCUGUCUCCUGGUGUUGCACCUGGAGGUCAGGGUGCACUGUUUCCAUUACCUGAUCCCCCUCACCAAGCAAGGGAACUAUGCCAUUGUGGCCAAUGUGGAGAGCAUGGACUAUGACCCACUGGUGGUGAAACUGAACAAGGACAUCUCGGCCAUAGAGGAGGCCAUGGGGGCGGCCCUGCAGCAGCACAAGUUCCAGUACAUUUUUGAAGGUCUGGGUCACCUGAUCUCCUGCAUUCUAAUUAACGGGGCCCAGUACUUUAAGAGGAUCAACGAUUCUGGCAUCAAGAAGAUGUGCAGGAACAUCUUUGUUCUCCAGCAGAACCUCACCAACAUCACCAUGUCCAGGGAGGCCGACCUCGACUUCGCCAGGCAGUACUAUGAGAUGCUGUACAACGCGGCGGACGAGCUGCUGAACCUGGUGGUGGACCAGGGCGUCCGCUACACGGAGCUGGAGUACAUCAACGCCCUGUCCCUGCUCCACCGCAGCCAGACGGGCGUCGGCGACCUGAGCACCCAGAACACCCGGCUGCAGCGGCUGAAGGAGAUCAUCUGCGAACAGGCGGCCAUCAAGCAGGCCACCAAGGACAAGAAGAUCACCACGGUGUAGAGAGGCGAGCAGGUCGGGGCUCAGAGGGGGCGGAGCCUGAGAGGGAAUAACUGUACAUUUUUCAAAUAACCGCAGCUUCACAUGUUUGUUUUUUUUCUUUUCUCAAAACUCCUGAUUUGUUUAUCAGGGCCAUGUGUGGGUCGAGUGCACAAGAGUGAGAAAUGAUGGAAAUUAAAGAACAGAGUUGUAUGUGUGUAGACUGAGAUGGGGAUGUGUGUGAUAUCUGUUGUCCUUCCAGACAUGAACUCCAGAGAAUGUCCGAUUGGGUCCAGACCUUCAUUCGUCCCCUUCAGAGAAUGUAAGAAGAAUAUUCAGGGUUCAUGUCUCAGAGCAGCUUUAAUGUGAUGAGACACAUCUUAGUCGGGGGGGCUGACACAUAUACUUUUCCCCGAACUCUGCAGAUUAUAAUGUAUACUAUAUAUGCAGCAGUGUCUCCCUCUAAUUGGGAAGUGAGCUGACAACCAACUACAGACUUUCCCAAGUCCAGCUCCUUGUAUAUCUAUAUCAUGAGGUAACCUAUAUUGUAUCGGCUCCUAACAGCCCCCCCCCCCCCCCCGCUCUCCGCGACAAUGACUGCAGCUGCAGAAUGAAAAGACGAUUGUCUCGGACACUCACCCCAAACUUAGGCCCGCCAUCAAAUCUCAUUUUCCUAUUAAAUCUAAACUGCUGCUCUCAAUUACACCUCUAUCUCUCCUCUCGUGGCGGCCCCACGGGCCCACUGAUUCUGUCUGCAGUAACAGAUGCCAGAUUAGACUGUCUGAACGAGGCCACGUCUUCCGCCUGCUGCCAAUUUGGGUCGGUCCCCGAAGAAUUCCCAUAGCGGAGAACGGUGUCGCAUCUACGGCUGUUACAAAAAUCUGUCUUUUGUUUUGUCUUACAGUUUGAGCAGCUUUAGCGGCUGCAGUGUGAAAAGUUCCUCACCGACCGAAGGACUCUGUAACUUAGGAUAAUUUAUUUUUGGGGCUAACUUCAAUUUCAUGGCCAGGAAAUAAUAUUUCAAGUCCAGCACACCGCAGCUUCAUGAUUUACACAUUUCUACAUUAAUCAAUGACUUUUCAUACUUUAUACGUUUCUCCUUCUUUCAUUUCUCGUACAUUUCCAUCAGGUGUACUCGCUCUAUAAAACCAAACUAAAGCCAUUCUGACUCUUCAUGUUGUCGCGCCCACCACCUGAGUCUCUUUCAAAGUGAACUAAACAUAUAAGCUCCAGAGACGAUCACACAUCAUUCCCCUCCCAGCGAAGCCCCCCUGCCCCCCACCCCCCCCCUCCCUGUUCUUACUUCAUUAACUUGAGAGAGAAGUACUUAACGAGAGCAGGAGAGGGAACUGGGAGUGUUGUCAAUACAGCGCGGGGCCCAGUGCUGGUCUCCCCGAAGCCCACGGAGCGAUCCAUCAUAAUGACACAUCGGCCGGGAUCGAUGGGAAAACAACGGCGAAGCUGCCGAGGGGUUCGCCCACACCGCUCUGCCACACGUACACACUGUGUUGAAAUCUGGAAACUGCUUACUCUGCUGUUCACUUCACAGCUACUUUUUGUAAUGUUAUACAUGAGGAACUUUAAUACAACGGUAACUAAGUGUGUCGUGUCACCGCUAGCGCACACAGAAGUCCAGAAGGCUUCUGUAUUGGGGAGACUGAGUGUAUAUAAAGAUGGAUGACGCUUCUCCACUUCCUUCCUGUUGUGGAAAAGUGAAGUAAGAGAAUGUUCCUGAUACAGGUGGCGCCAUUUUGUGCUUUGGAUGUUGUUAGGAGACGCGGUUUGAACAGUAAUGAGGAGGCGUGGUUUGAAGGGUCCUGCAGAUUCAUGCACUCGACCAAUCACGAGGCAGUCUCAGCUGUCAAUCAUGUUUCACUUGAAACCAACCUUACCAGAAACAUGAACACUUCUACUUCCUAAAAUCUAUUUCAUGUGUACUUUGACUUUUUCAUUUUGUGCCAUGUCCCAUCUGCUAACAUUGAUAAUUUGUCCUUGUCUGUAGCCAGCCACCAGGGGGCACUCCAAAUUAUUUCACUUUUUAAGGGGCUGUCAUAUCAUCCAUCUUUAUUUACAGUCUAUGAUUAACUCUACGUUUAAUGAGUGAAAACCGCACCUGUUGUCCAAGCCUCUUUUUUUAUUAUUAAUGAGUGAAAUAUGUCAAAUGUAAUAAAGGUUCCAUUUCAUGUUUUGUCUUUUCAGCGCACCUUUAGUUUGCACACCUUCUCUUUGCCUGAUUCAAAUAAGAAUGUGUUAAAUUCUAGACAUUUAUUUUUCUGUCGGUCUCGAACAAGUCUAAACAUCUGUCCUGCUCGCCUGUUGUCAUCUUUAAAAAUGCUCUGAAAAGUUUGUCUACUCUAAAUCAAGCACGUGUGAGUUUUUGUUCCUGUGCAGACACUGCGAAAUAAACCAUCCAAUCCUAGUCA